AUGACGACAUUCUCCGCCGUUAUCCGCCGUUAUCUCUUCCUUCUCACCGUCCUUCUCUGUCACCGCUCUCUCGCUCUCAACACAGACGGAGUUAUUCUCCUCUCACUCCGUUACUCAAUCGUCAACGACCCUCUCUCCGUUCUACGCACCUGGAGACUCGAAGACGAGACCCCUUGCUCCUGGCGCGGCGUCACGUGCGACGACUCCACCCGUCACGUGACCGUUCUCUCACUCCCGAGCUCGAAGCUCUCAGGUACCCUCCCUUCGAACUUAGCCUCUCUCCCUUCCCUCCAACGUCUCGACCUCUCCAACAACUCCAUCAACGGCUCUCUCCCCGCCUCGCUUCUCAACGCGACGGAGCUACGGUUUCUUGAUCUCUCGCGAAACCACAUCUCCGGCGAGUUACCGGCCAAGUUCGCGGCGGUUUCGAACCUCAACGUCUUGAACCUCUCCGAAAACGCACUCGUCGGAGAGUUACCGGCGACGUUGGGAUGGUGCCGGAGCUUAACGGUGGUUUCGCUGGAGAAUAACUUCUUCUCCGGCGAGAUUCCGGGAGGUUUUGAGACGACGGAGUAUCUCGAUCUCUCGUCGAAUCUGAUCAGAGGCUCCUUGCCGUUACGUUUCGGAGGGAAUCGGUUACGUUACUUCAACGCCUCGUUCAACAGAAUCUCCGGCGAGAUUCCGCCGGGUUUCGCCGACGAAAUUCCGGUUAACGCUACCGUGGAUCUCUCUUUCAAUCAACUAACCGGUCAAAUCCCCGGUUUUCGGGUUUUAGAUAACCAAGAAUCCGACUCUUUCUCGGGUAACCCGGGUCUUUGCGGGUCCGACCCGGCGAAACACCCGUGCCGUGACGGUGAAGCAACAACCUCUCCACCUCCAACGCCAACACCGAACUCUCCUCCAGCAUUAGCCGCUAUACCGAAUACAUUAGAGUUAACCGAUCAUCCCAAAUCCGGUUCGAAAUCAAAAUCAGGACGUAGACCGGUUAUUAUAGUAGGCAUUGUUGUCGGUGACAUAGCCGGUUUAGCGAUCCUCGGGAUUGUGGUUUUCUACAUUUACCAGUCUAGGAAACGGAAGUCCGUAACCGCUACGUCGAAAUGGUCCACGUCAUCAACAGAAUCCAAGGUCUUGUCUAAAUGGUACUGUUUACGUAAAACCGUUAACGUUGACGGUGACUGCGAAGAAGAAGAGGAGGAGGAGUCCGAGAGUUCGGGAUCCGAUGAAGAGUCUCGGGUCGGGCAAAAUAGACGGUCAGGAUUAGAUGAUCAAGACAAGAAAGGUACAUUAGUGAACCUUGACUCAGAGAAAGAGCUUGAGGUCGAGACGCUACUCAAAGCUUCGGCUUAUAUUUUGGGAGCCACCGGUUCGAGCAUAAUGUAUAAAGCGGUUCUUCAAAACGGUACGGCUGUGGCGGUUCGACGUAUCGCUGAGUGCGGUUUAGACCGGUUUAGAGAUUUCGAGACUCAGGUUCGGGCCUUGGCUAAGCUGGUACAUCCUAACCUGGUUCGAAUUAGAGGUUUCUAUUGGGGAUCCGACGAGAAGCUUGUUAUUUACGAUUUUGUCCCUAACGGCAGCCUCGCUAACGCACGUUACAGGAAAGUGGGCUCCUCGUCUUGUCAUUUACCUUGGGAAGCUCGGCUCAAGAUAGCGAAAGGUAUAGCUCGCGGGCUAACGUACGUACACGAGAAGAAGCACGUGCAUGGGAACCUCAAGCCAAGUAACAUCCUUUUAGGCUUAGAUAUGGAGCCAAAAGUUGCGGAUUUUGGACUUGAAAAGCUUCUAAUAGGAGACAUGAGUUACCGAACCGGUGGAUCGGCUCCAAUAUUCGGAAGCAAAAGAUCAACGUCAUCUCAUGAUUUUGGGCCGAGUCCGAGCCCAAGCCCAAGUGCAGUUGGAUUGCCUUACAAUUCUCCGGAAUCCCUCAGGAGCAUAAAACCAAAUCCAAAAUGGGACGUGUACUCUUUUGGAGUCAUUCUCCUCGAGCUGCUAACGGGGAAGAUCGUGGUGGUUGAUGAGCUUGGACAGGUUAAUGGGCUUGUGAUCGAUGACGGUGAGCGGGCGAUGAGAAUGGCGGAUGCGGCUAUACGAGCUGAGUUAGAGGGCAGAGAAGAAGCAGUGUUAGCAUGUUUGAAAAUGGGCCUAGCUUGUGCUUCUCCAAUACCACAGAGAAGGCCCAAUAUCAAAGAAGCCUUACAAGUUCUAGAGAAAUUCCCUUUUCACUAG